AUGCAAACGUGUGUUCAGUCCGAUCUGAAUUCAAACCAAACAAAGUCUAGUAACAAAACUGUUGAACGCAUUCAUCCCAUUGAUGCUCAAGACAACAGUUGUCUAAUCAAUGGUAAGAAGUAUAGCAUUGGCUCUAAGCUUGAUAUCGGACAGAGAUGUGUCCACUGCACCUGUCGUAUACCACCGGAGUUCACAUGCAUUCAAAGGUCAUGCCCACCCACCCCACCGGACAAUGCGUGUAAAGUAACGUACAGUCCCUCCGAGUGCUGUCCAACAUUUGAUUGCAAUUAUAACAAAACAGCUGAUCAGACAUUUGAUCCGUCGAGUUGUCCGACCCCUAUGUGCGCAACGGGUUGUCAAUUUGAGACAUAUCCAGACCGAUGUCCCACUUGUGUCUGUAAACCAUCGUUUGAUGCCAAAGAAAUGCUUGAAUAUGAUGUCUCUGAUGUUUAAUGACAUGUAUUAUACUUAUAUUUGUUAAACAUUUAAAAUCCUUUUAGUUUAUUAUAGUAAUGAG